AUGGUGAAGAAAUCUAGUCUUCUGCCCAGAGAUUCACGUCUAGUGGGGUUACAAUCCAAAGUUGAAGACAUAGUAGGGUUACUGGAAGACCCAAAAGUACCAGUCAUAGCCGUCGUUGGUAUGGGGGGCUCGGGGAAGACAUUUCUUCUUCAAAAUGUCUACAAAGCUGCAAAAUCCAAGUAUGAUCAAUCUAUUUGGCUCUCUAUUUCUAAAUCUUAUACUCUCAAGAAUUUGCAAGAUGAUAUAGCCUCCCAUAUAGGAAUAAAUAGUAAAAGUGUAAGUGAAGAGAGAGCGGCUGAAUUGAUUCAUGACCAUCUCCAAGGGAAUAGAUCUUUCAUUGUGCUGGAUGAUCUCUGGACGCUGUCUACUGAAAAUUCUCUGAUCGAUAAACUUGGUCGGCCAGCCGAUAAAGACUGUAAAAUUGUGGUCACUACAAGAAAUAGGCAGGUUGCUUUAAAUUCAAACUCUCGAAUCUAUGAGAUGCAAAAUUUGUCAGAUGAAGACAGUUGGAUGCUGUUUUGCAUCUAUGCAUUUCCGAAUAGUGCAGGAAAUAGAGCGCCACAGCACAUGGAAGAGGAGGGUCGGAAGAUUGGAAAGCAGUGUGGAAAUUUACCUCUUGCUAUUAAAACGAUAGCAGCAUCUUUGGCCAACACUAAGCUUAAAAAUUGGGAGUGGAAGCGCAUUAUGACUCUGCCUCCACACCUUAAACCGUGUUUUGCAUAUCUAUCCUUCUUCCCCGAGGAUGAGAAGAUAGAAGCAGAGUAUUUGAUAAAUCUGUGGAUAGCGGAAGGAUUCAUCCCGGCAGGAGAGGAGCAGUGGGAUUUGGCCUGGCAUUGGUUAGAUCAACUGGACAAGCUGUGUAUGCUUCAAGUAUAUGAGAAAGAUGAUGAUAUUUUUAUCAAAUACUGUAAAAUUCAUGAUUUGUUGCACGAUUUGGCAAUACACAUAUCAAGAGAAGAUAAUUGUGUUUUUUCUGUUGAAGAAGUGUCUUCACGUACAAGUAAUUCCAUGGGCUGGUGUCGGAUUUUACUGGCCAACAAAGGUCUGCAUGUUUUCAAUGCCAUCUCAGAGAGCCGUCCUGUUUAUCUCCGUACACUCUCACUGUCUCAGAAUUGGCAGAUUACAAGUAUUCCAGAAAACUUGUUUACCACUAUGAGAGGACUGCGCGUUUUGGAUUUGAGCUACACACACAUCUCUACAUUGCCUGCGUCUCUUGGAAAGAUGAUCCUUCUCAGAUUAUUGAAUUUGAGGGGUACAGAGAUAAAGGAGGUACCGGAGUGUGUGAGACACCUAAAACGCCUCUUGUUUCUUGCUUUACCUGAUGGUUGUGAGUCAUUACCAGCAUGGAUAAGUGAUCUUAGAUAUCUUCAGCAUUUAAGAGCCGACUGCAUUUAUCGGAUGCCAAGGAUAGCAAAUUUGAGAACACUAGACUCAUUUUUGGACUUCCGCACAGAAGAGGACAAAUUCACGAGGUUAGAUAAUUUGGUCGAUAUGACUCAGCUUCAGAAACUACGCUUAUUUCUUGACAAUGAGAUGGAGCUGAAGAGGAUAGAAGAAGGGAUCCUUGCCCAGCUGGUGAAGAUGCGUUGUCUAGCAAUCUGCAAUAAUAGAAAGGAGUUUAGGGAGUUUCCAGGGAAAAUGAGAGCAAUGAAACAUCUGGAAAGUCUUCGACUAUGCUUGUUUGUAGUGCCAAGUUGGAUAUGCGAGUUUGCAAAUCUGAAGCAAUUAGAAUUAAUCGACUGUGAGUGUAAUGAUUAUCCGGAGUUGGAGAGAAUGCCCAAUCUGCUGCAAUUGUCGCUAAUUGUCGAGAUUAAAAACUUUUUUAAAAUAUGUGAAAAUGAUUUUUAUGUUUGUUAA